AUGACUUUUCCAAGAUCACACUUUCAAGGAACUCAUGACAGUGAAGCCGGCCCAAAUCGUAAUUCCACAUCACCUAAUCAACGAAACAACACGAGUCAAUCUGAUACAGAUGAUAUGGAUGUUGAUGAAGCUUUGGAGGAUGCAGUAAUAUCAUAUGUUAGCAUGGACGCCAGAGAAAAUGGUGCAUUAUCACGUCGUCCUCAAGGUCCAACCAGUUGGGAAUAUCUUCUUACAAAUAACGGCAUGACUUUCAGUACAUUCAAAAAAUCAGUCGAGGAUAGGGGAUUUCUAGAGACUGAUCAUAGUAUUCGUGAUUGUUUGGUUGAGGCUACGAGUCUCCGAAUGCCAUAUGCUUUACGAAGGUUAUUCGUGACGAUUUUAAUAUUUUGUGAACCUACUGAUGUUAGAGGCCUUUGGAAUGAGUUUUUUACACAUAUGGUAGAGGAUUAUCAAACAGCUAACAAUGUUGUGGAAUCAGACUUAACUAAUAUGUUGUUGAAGGACUUGAAUGAACUCUUAAACCUUCACGGUAAAAAGAUUGAUGAUUAUGACCUCCCAUCUUUACCCCCUAAUACAAUAGACAGAGGUGCAGUUCCAAGUAUCAUACAAGAGGAGUUAGCGAUCGAUAUCCCCAAUGAAGAUAUUGAAUCUAUUGCUAAGUUAAAUAAUGAUCAAAUGAUUGCAUUCAACACCAUUAUGAAUGUAAUUGUUCAAAAACACGGUGGGGUAUUUUUUGUUGAUGGUCCAGGAGGAACAGGUAAAACAUUCCUAUAUAGAACAUUAAUGGCAAGUUUAAGAUGUAGAGGAGAAAUUGUCUUAGCAACUGCAUCAUCUGAUAUAGCUGCAACAUUGUUACCCGGUGGUAGGACUGCACACUCUCGAUUUAAGAUCCCUAUUGAUAUUCAACCGAGUUCCAUUUGUGGUAUUGAAAAGCAAAAGGAUCUUGCAAAUCUCAUUAGAGUUGCUGCCACAAUCAUUUGGGAUGAAGCACCAAUGACAAAUAAAAAUUGUUUAGAAGCCUUGGAUCGAUCAUUACAAGACAUUUGUAGCAACAAUGCUCCAUUUGAUGGAAAAGUUCUGAUAAGGGGGGGGGAUUUUCGUCAAGUUCUUCCUGUUGUAAGAAAAGGUACUAAGGCACAAAUGAUUUCAGCGUGUAUUGUUCAAUCUCAUUUAUGGAAUCAUACCAAGAUUUUGCGUUUGCGUCAAAAUAUGCGAUCAUUGCAUGAUCAAGAGUUUGCAGAAUUUCUUAUUCGCAUUGGUGAUGGUGUUGAACCUACCAAACCAGAUGACAUGGUGAGGUUACCUUUACAUAUUGCAAUCCCAUGGGAAGGUGAAUAUUUCAUACAGGUACUUAUCCAACAUAUUUUUCCUAAUUUAGAAUUGCAUGGUUGGGAUGCCCCAUAUAUGGUACAAAGAGCUAUUUUGACACCAACAAAUGAUGAUGUCCAGAAAUUGAAUGAUAUGAUUAUCGAUCAGUUUCCAGGAGAAGAACAUAAUUUUUUAUCGUUUGACGAGGUUGAAGGAGAUAAUCAUAAUUUAUACCAGCAAGAAUUCUUAAACUCAAUUGCACAAGGUAGUUUGCCACCACAUACUCUAAAGAUAAAAAAGGGUGCACCAUUGAUGUUAUUACGAAAUCUAGAUCCUAGAUAUGGAUUGUGUAAUGGGACCCGGUUAUUAUGUCGUGGUUUAUUUAUGAAUAUGUUGGAUGUGGAAAUCCUAACAGGAAGCAACGCAGGAAAACGUGCUUUUUUGCCUAGAAUUAAAAUAAAAACAUCUGCAAGUGAUGGUCUGCCUUUUGUCCUUAGUAGAAAGCAGUUUCCUGUGCGGCUAAGUUUUGCAAUUACAAUAAAUAAAUCACAAGGACAAACCAUUCCAAAUGUUGGAAUAUAUCUUCCACGACAUCUUUUUAGUCAUCGACAGUUAUAUGUGGCUUUAUCCAGGGGUGUUUCACAGACUACAACAAGAGUUUUAACCAGGGAAGGAAAAUUGAAAGGAGAAGAUAUAUUCCAAAUGUUGGAAUAUAUCUUCCACGACAUCUUUUUAGUCAUCGACACCAAACUAGAACACGAUGAAAUCUUUCAAUUAUGUAAGGAGUUGAGACGAAAGAAUGUUGAAACUUGCUUCAACAUGAAAAUAACAGACUUUGAAGAUAAAUGGAACACAUGGAAGGAUGAACAAAGUAUUUCAUCCAUCGACAAACUCGAUAAUAAGUUUUUUAAAUCUCAAGAGCGCAUUGAUAAAGGGAUGUACGAAGAAUUGUUUCGAAUCUUUAUAAGAGAAAAAGAAAAUACUUCGAAUAGAGAUUUCAUGUUCGGCAUUCCUCUUAAAGAACGUCAUUGA